UGUUGCUCGCCUUCAGCCAGCCGUUUCGCAGUUCGUUCGUUCGUGCAGUGGCCAUCGGGAAGGAAAGGCAAAAAUCCGCGAGUGGUUCCGCGUACGAGGAAGAACAAACAGAAAACAAGUUUUUAAGUUUUUCGAGGCCCAGCCCCGGAGCCAGUCCGCCAGCCAGCUAAAAUGUCCGAUGAAGCCACCGAACGGGAACAAAGCAAGUAGUUUGGCAGCACAUCACCACCACCACCAACACCACAACACUAUUCCGCGGGCAUUCAGGCAGACCAAAAUCGCGAUAACAGCCGUGUGAUUGUGAGAUACGAAAAAAAAAAACGAAAAAAUAAAAUCAGCUGGUCCCGAGAAGGCCCCCAAAAGACACGCUCGAGCCCCGAGGGCCAUGUCCACUUUUGAAGAACUGAAACGCCUCAGCCCAAUCGACGAGCUCAAAUCUCCGACGGUGCACGUGAUCCGGGAGGUGUACGAGACUGAGAAUGCCCACGAGACGUUCGAGCUGGAGCUGGACAAGGCGCUGUACGCCAAGGCGGACUACAUCAUCAUCGAGCCGACGCGGCUGGGCGAGGAAACGGGCCGCUGGAUCGCCGUCGGAAACUGCCUGCACAAAACGGCCCUCGUCAGCGGGGUGGCCUCGGUGGCGGCCGGACUGAUCUGGCGCGACCGGCUUCUGUUUUGUGCCCCCCUCUGUGCAGUGUCCCUGUUUUGUACCGGUUUGUACACAAUAUCCUGGUCGUGCGACCCCUGCGUUAAGUAUCAAGUUGAGAAAAAUCCCAAAAGUCUGUCGAAGGUCCCGAACGUGAACGACUUCUCGUCGCCGAUCGUGUUAGUGUACAGCAGCAACACGUACUCCAAGUACAGCCACCGGAUCGUGACGGUGCUGGCCGGGUCGUACGUGGCCUGGCGCAUCUACCAGAUUUUCAAGUAAGUUUAAGCCAGCCGACGCGACGCUUUGCAAAGAUAGGUAACACUGGAUGAAAAUGGGCUUUAAAUUGUAACAGUAGGGCAGCGCGCUGCUAGUGCUAGCAGCGGGGCACGAUCAGAACAAGUUUUAAACGGUUUAGGUGAGAAGAAAAACACAAUAUUUUGGAAUAUAUUUCAUAGAUUAUCGUAAAGGAAAAAAGAAACCAUCAUCGGACACUGUUGUGCGAGACCAAUAAUCCCUCGAGUGUUGACAAACACACACACUCACAAGUAGUAAAGAGCUAGAGGAACCUCUCGUAGAAUCGAGCUGAGCUCGAUGAGCACGAAGAGAAUGUCCCAACCUCCCCAUCCCCCGUCACGAGCAGGCAAAGAAGCGCUUUCGAACCGUUAGUAGUGAAAGUUUUUUAGUUUUUAUUUGUCGUUGCGAGAUCGUCGUCGUUUCGUCGAUUGUUGUUGAAAUCUCAGAGAACAAGAACAGUACGAGCAGCAGCAGCAGUGAGUGUAACCACGUACGAACCUGUGAUCAAACGCCAGUCAGCUGAGCUGAGGCUGAGGCAGGGGAAAAGCGAAACAAAAGACACAACGAUUUGAGCGGGGGAUCGCCGGGGACGGAGGGCGCGUUGCAUUACUUGAGCUGUCCUUCCCGGUUGGACAGUUUCCACCCCCCAAAAAAUUCCGCCCUCGUCUUUGCCUCCACAAACUGACUGCCUGUACAAUUAAGCUGAUAUCAUAUUGAUAUCGAUUGUGAUUGGGCCAAAGUGCGCGCGCGUUCGUUAUUAAAUUAUUGCGAAAAAAAUAAUCAAAAUUCAAUCUUCCCCCCUCACGUUCCCGAUAACGAACUUCGAAAACACACACACACACACGCAGAUUGACGACAAUCAAGCUGCCUCCACUGACUUUUUUUUUGUCUUAUUCGAGUGCGAAUCGUUCGUUGUGUUGUUUUUUAUUUGUAUGUUUUUUAGGGAUUUGUUUUUGUUAGAUUUCGCAAUCUUUUGAAUGAGAAACCGAAUUCAGGUUAGAAAAACAAACAGGUGAUAUUAGCAAGCGCCGAGAAGCGAAUUGAGAAAGAGAAAGAGACGAGAUGAGUAACUUAUUGCAUUUAACAAAAAAGAGAGAAUAAACAAAGAAAUCCUAAAGCGAGCACGCAGAUAGUGGAACCGUAGUUUGAAAUUGGUCAUAUAAUACUUAGCUGCACAAGUGUCGUCACCAAGAGAGAAAGAGAGA